UGUGCAGCGCUCGAGUCCCACUGAAGGAGUUGGAGUGAGACGGAAUGCACACUCAGUGUCGCGGUAUAGAGCUCGCAGACCCACCGCGCGCCGCCCUAUACGCUCCAGACAGUAUGGGCAAUUCAUGAAUGUAAUGCGCGACCUUACCAGUGAAGGAGUUAUUGUUAGCCCCCUGACCAGAGUCACAAACCAUUCGAACCCCAGGCGCCUGCGAUCAUACAGUCGACACUUGGAUGUUACUUUUCAAGCUUCUCAAGAUCCAAUCAACGCAAGGAACAUUUCAAGUGCGGGCGACUCUAUUGGUGCUCCUCCUAUCAACAUACCAACUAGACGGGGGGUUGUUGCCCACGAGGAGUUACUGCACAUGACUAGCCUAAGGGACCGGAUAACAACACUCCGACGAGAUCUCCAAAACUUAAACGGACUUCUCACGGACUCUUUUGAGUUAUUACACAGAAUAGCACCCACUCCUAACCCGCCUCUGGUGGAUAAGAACGUGUUAGACCGCGCUCCUACUAAAGUUGCUAGUGAAGCAGAUAUGAGCCGGGAAAAGAAAUGCUCCAUUUGUCUUGGUCACUACAGUGUCGGAGAGACACUACGUGUGCUGCCCUGUGAACAUGAGUUUCAUGAGUACUGUAUAGAUCGCUGGCUCACCACCUGUUCCAGAAAGUGUCCCUUUUGCAGAACUGAUAUUCAGGAGGCUCUCACCUGAAAAUCAGUUGUGUUUUUUAACUUCCUCGUUAAUAUUCUUCAGAUUGCUCUCACUUGAAAUCAUGUUUCAAAGAGUUGUUAGAUUAAUGGUAUAGACUGUCCUGGUUGAUUGAGGUUUCAUUUGAAGAAAGGUGUUACAAUGUGUAACAGUGUGUUACUGCGGCACUGUUACAGUUUAACUCGAUAAAGUUGGUUCUGUGUUAAAUAAGCGCUUUGUUCAGUGGAGAAACUUAACAUUCUGUUCCCACAACAGAAGUGAAUAAAAUUAGCUGGCGGUUAUCUAGAUUUGUACGAUUUACAUUUUGGACACGAGCCUUGAAACACCCUGUUGAUUUGUACGAUUUAACAUUCAUUCCGAAUAACAGGUUUAAUAGCUUGUCUGUUUCAUAUUAAUAAGGUCCUAGCAUCCUUCUGUGACAUAACACCGUGAUAUCAGUACUAGGGUGUGCACUUCCUGCCCCGGUAUCUACCAUAUUCCUAUGAUAGGUUUAAAUGUUAAAGUUCUUUUUAUGUGUGUUAAGUGUCCGUCAACAUAUUACAAGGUUGAGGUUUUAUCUUGAGUGCAGCAUGCAGCAAAUAAAAUAUGGUGUUCUUAGAAUGAAAUGUUCCACAAUUGAAAAUUUCUUCCACAAUUAAAUAAAAUUGAUUUGAAUUUGCUAAAUUGUAAGUUAAUUUCAAUUUUCGAUACGAUACGGUUGGUAUUUAAUAUAAAUAAUUUGUGAAGUUU